UCCAAUUAUUGUAUUCUCAUUCAACCCCCCUAUAAUUUUAAGGCAUAUCUCGUUCAGUUUUUUUGAAAACUGCAUUCUUGUUUUGAAAGAAAAGACUGAUGAUUCCAGGGGGGGGGGGAUAUGCACUCCCCCAGCUGUAUUUAAGGAGACAGGAGAGCACUUCAUGAACCAAACUGUUCCACUGAGAGGUCCUGCUGUUUUAAAGGUCCCUGAUCCUCUGUAACCAUGAUCAAAUUGUUAAGUGUUGCCAUUUUUGCCGCAUUGUUCUUGGAAAGCCACCAGCGGCGUCCCAGUCCAGAAGAACCAUUUUAUCCAGAGCCAGAAGAGCCAAAAGUGUGCUGGACCAAAUGGUUUGACCGUGACAAUCCCAGUGGCACAGGGGACUGGGAGCUUUUGAAGGACCUGAGGAAAGAAAACACAGGAAAGAUCUGUAAAUACCCUCUGUACAUUGAGGCCAUUACCACUGACACGAUGACCCCAGCCAUCUCCACAGGGCAGACCUUCUAUAUCUACAAUCUGACUCAGGGAUUUGUUUGCCGCAACAAGGACCAGAGAAAGGGCAUGUGCCGUGACUACAAAGUUCGCUUUCGCUGCCUGUGCAGGAAUUAAGCUGCGACUCCACAGCAAACAUCCAACAAGAAUAUGAAGCUUCGAUUGCUUUAAAUGUUGUCCUUUUCUCUUUACCUGUCUAUUUUAUAUCUUACUUUGCCUGAUGAACGAAGUUCAAUAGACCUUUCUUACCGCAGACAUGUUGACUUGUAGCAGGAACAGGACCAUGAAGCCUUAUCAGCUGAUUAAAACUGAGCUUUAUAUCGGAGUAUGUUUUACGCCUGUACGUUUACCAACAUGUCUUCUGUGUUCAAAUGCCUCAUGUCGUGUGCUUUAUGAGUUUUCUUUUAUUUUUCUAGUGAUUAUGAAAUCAUUGUCUGGUAAUGUAGGAAAUAAAUCCACAUCCAACAGCAAUAAAACUGCUAAUAAUGAGCAAA